AUGGCACCAAUAAGUGCAGCAAAGAAGAAACAAGUAUCUCAAAAUGAACUGCGUUUAUUAAUGAUAAAGCAAAAAUUACAAACUCAGAAGGAGAAAAAAAAUAUUGAGUCGCCAUUAGCCAAAUAUCCUUUUAUUUACCUAUACAAUUCUAAUUAG